UAUAAUUACUUUUCUUAGCAUGAAAAUGAUAUUUUUCUGCGUGUAAGUUUCUCCUGGCAUUAUUAUGUUCAUUAACCGAAUAUUAAAAUUUAAUUUCAUCUUUCCGGAUUAAAUUAUUGAUUGCACCAUGCCACUCCUUGAACACAAAAGCGUAAACGAUUAGACAGAUGUACGUAACUACCCUCGAGAUUGCGCGCGUUUCAUAAUGCACGACGGGAAGUCGUAACGUAGGAGACGAAACGAUCACCUUUAGUCGCAAGGUGCCGCAAAAUUUCGCAUGUCAAAAGUCAGUGAACGUCUUAAGAGGACAUUGUUGGUGGCCGGCCAUUAUUUCAGCUUCGGGAUUUCGAGUGACCGACGAUAACGACGCGGUUGCAGCCGCGUUGCAGAAGAAGAAGAAGAAGAAACGGCCUUCUUUUUCCUCGCGACGACGAAGGCGACAACGCGACGACGGGGAGACGUCAUGCACCACGAAGAGCUAACAAUGAAAGCGAAACCAGAACUUCAAUUAUCGUCCACGACUUGUCGUGUUCAGACGACCAGAGCGACUAUAUAUGUCAGAAAGUAGGCACCGCUCAGCCAGUCCGUGACACUGAAUCGCCAUAUCUCUUCUUAGGACUGAUCUCAGGCUUCACGUUGCAUCUUCACUUUGCUCUUAUCGUCACUGAAGGUAUUUGCUUGAUCUAUUUUGAAUUAUUUGUUCUAUUUGAUCUAUUUGAAUUAUUUUGAAUUACUGAAUUAUUGAAUUAAAUUAUUGAUCUAUUUGAAUUAUUUUGUUUACUUUUACAUGAUAAACUACACGUCUUUAUAAUACACUUUAGAAAUUUAUUUAUUUAAAUAAUAAAAUUACCAACUCAAACAUCUAACUUUAGGUACUGUUUAAAUAUUUUCUUAAUUACAAAAAAUUCUAUUCUUUUGUCGUGAAAAAUUUUAGGAUACCAAAUAUUCAUUGAAUAUACACAAUUGGUAUUCAAUGAUAUUUAUUAAUAUAAUAAUAAUGUUAAUUACUGGUUUAUUGCCAUUUCUAAAUUUUUUUUUCCUAGAUGAUGUUUUGUAUCUCGCAAAGUUUAACCGUGGCAAUAAGCUGCUUCAUUAUUUUGGUCAAUUGCAGUCCAAAGUUCGACGAUGGAGGAUUUGUACCAAGCUCUAUCAGCUACAUGGAAAAGCAAGCGAAGGCACAGGAUCAAGUGGCCAUGCCGUCGUCUCAGAUUAAACAGCACGCUGAAACGUCGAAACGCGAACCCGAGACGAACGACAUUACAGAUCGUAACCAAGAGGCACGAUUUGGUUUCACCAAUAUUGGCGGUACAGGAAGCGGUUACGGUGUGUCGCCCUAUGCGCCGGCGAAGAUAGAUCUUGGCGGACUUCUCUUGGGAGCCAUUAUAGGCGUAGGAUCGAUCCUCAUCAUCCCUAAACUGCUAUAUAUCUUGUCGGGUACUUACGGCACAUAUGCGAGAAGUGAAGACAACGGCUUCACUCAGACGCUGACGAGAAUCGACGACAUCCUGGCCCGCCACGGCAUCGACACGACCUCGUGCAUGCAACGCGCGGUGUGCACCUACACGCAGCAAGCGAAUGCCUCAGUAGGCGAGGAGAUCGAAAACGAGAACGAGAAGGACAGGAAGGCGACGUCCUUCGAGAAGAUGGUGAACACGAUCACCACCAACCAGGUGUUCCGCACGGCCAUGCAGGGCACGGCGAUCGAGGAGGCGGUGGAGGCCGGCAGGAAUGGCAGAAGCUGUUCAAGAUCGUACCCACACUGUGGCUUCUCCAUGGAGACAAUGCUGUCAUUGCUGGCUAACGUCAUCGCGACGGCGAACGCGCGCGUCGCGACGCCCACCGGCUCCUCGCUAUAGCACCUUGGUUUACGUAAUUUCUUGCUCUUCAGAGAAGGGCAUUUAUAAUUUAAAUAGCGAAUUAAAUCAGGCAACGAAGAAAGAAAUGUAUAAAAAAUAAAACCUCGCUAUCUCGCGCACACCACGUUUUACGCGAAUAAAGGAGAAGGCAGGGUAAGAGUCCAUUAACAAUUUAACAACGAGAUGUAGAAUUAUUUAUCGCUCGAGCGGCAGAAGUCUCGGCAGUUCUUGCAGUAUUUUAGUUCGAUUUGUACAAUGAUAGAAUUCAUCUUUAUUUCAUUUAAAUAAUUACAUUUGUGUAUAUGUGUAUGUGUGUUGAAUGUCUGCGUGGAUGUUUGUAAAUUAACAAAAGUGAAAUUCUCCUCACGUGCGCUCAGCGUGACACAUUCUUCUCUUUCUGUCUUUGGCUAGAAAAUGUUACAUAUAUAGUCUAUAUGAUGCUUUCACAUUGAGGAAAAUAGAAUCGACUAGAGUCGCGAUACGAUCGCGGCGCAUCGCGCUUAACACGUGUCAACAAUCAGUACAGGCACUGCCCAUGACGAUAUUUUUACUUAUAUGUAUGUAUACGCGGCACUCUCCCCGGACACAACAUACAGCACGCAUAUACAGGCGCGAGGAUGAAUCGGAAAGUAAAGACACGGCGGUUUCGCUCUUCCGGCUUGUCACGAUGCAAGGCAACUUAAAAAAAAUGGCUCCGUUUUAAGCAUUAUUUUCCUAACUAAACGUUAAAGGAUAAAAUAUUUGGAUUAUUCGCAAUAUCUAGAAGAAAUAGAAAAAUUUGCAAAUUAGUGCAAAAGUUAAAAGAUAACAGCCUUUAAAUCGGUGUCUCUCAAACAGUGUCCUGCAGAAGAUUCUACAUGCUUUAUGUAGAAGAAUAUAAUUUUCACGUGUACUACAGAUAUGUCAGUUAUAAAAUAUAAGGGAUGUGUAUCUUUACUUUUUCAUUCACUUUCGCGUAUUAGUCUCGGAGCAGGACGUUCGUGUGCGAGGUAUCGAGUCCUAGGAAAAAAAGAACCUUUGUUCCUUAAAAUUACAUUUCUACGCUCGCAUCGUCU